AUGUUGAAUUUCAUCUUGUUCUGCUGCGUGUGGCUCCAGCUAUCUGCGGCAGGACUCGUCAACGUGAAGCCGGCAACUUCCUCGGCCGUCCCACCACCUCCGCCCUCGACUAUAGUGGAUUUCCUCUCCUCAGACGUUCAAUAUUCUUAUUUUCUUCGACAUUUGCAGCGCCACGGAUUGAUCCCUCGUAUAAACACCUUGUCCAAUGUGACUCUAUUGGCACCAGUCAAUUCGGCAUUUGUGGACGGUGACCUAGCCGCCAACGACACUCCAGAAAACCUUCUAAGGUACUUUUCUGAUCAAAGGUUCCGUAUAGGAUACAUGGACCGCAGGGAUUUUGUGUUUGACUCUUUGUUCGUCACCAAAACCUCCAAAUCUGAGAAUAGAACAUAUCCGCUCAAGUUGCUGUCUUCCACCAAGAAUGGUGAACCAAAUGAAUACUAUGUUAAUGACUUUGCCCAGGUGGUAGAGUUUGACGGCUAUGUAAAGCACCAGCACACGUUUAUCCAUGCGAUUGAUCGGCUCCUACCGCUUUCGCCCACAAUAUGUGAUGUCCUCAUGGAUUCGUCCACCUAUGAGCUCAACGGGAAGAGCAUCUCAUUUAUGAAGCAGCUCUUCCAACUGGUAUUUACCAAAAUCCAUUUCAAGGAAGAAAAUCGCCUGUGUGAAGCAUUUUUGGCUAACGUUUCCACGAUAUUUAUCCCCACUGAUGACUUCGUGGAGAAAUCCAUGAUUCCACUUCAAAAGAGAUACUACACUGCUCUUUUUCAUGCGAUAAACAACGACUCGUUGAGACCUACAAAAGAUGCAGUUCGUGAAAUUAAAUCUGAUGCACUUGAUUUGCUUCUGAACUUAGUACUCUCGGAAUUAGUGGCUGGUGCAAACGGAACUUCUGGACAUAAGUUCUGCAAGACACCGUCGCAUAAUAACAAGUACAAUAUCACUUUAGUGAACGAUACUCACAUCCAGAUAAAUGGUAAGGUCACAAGUUCUGGCGAGCUUUCCUCAUUGCCAGCUUUAGAUGGACUAAUGUAUGUUUUUGACGUUGACAAUCUGCUGGAUUCCUUUUUCAACGUUUUGAACAUACCAUUGGUUGAGAUGAUACCGCGGAAGACUCUUUUCGCCAUGCAUUACUCAAAUUUCGUCAAGGAACUCAAGUUCAGGAAACUUGGUUUUUUGGUCGAUGGUUCAACCACCAAUCAGACGAUUGUUCUCGACUCCACAGACCGAGAUGAUAUCCCGGAUGAAGAAAUAAGAAGCGAAGAGAAUAGAAUCGAGGAAGAUGAAGAACCAAGGAACUUUGGUGUCAACUCGUUUAGCAACAAGCAAUCAAUGCUUUAUAGGUUUUUGAAAGGUGCUGUUCACAUACCAAGCGAAUUGACCCCUGAUUCUCCGACAUACGACAGGAUAUUAACUUCGAGGCUUUGCCUGAAGAAGCGCUUAGGCUCUUGUUACAAAGUCAAGGUUUCUGGCAGCUUGAAUAAUGGUAACUAUGCUGUUACUUUCAAUGACGAGGUCGCUAUGCAACCAGAACCAUUUGAGGCCAGUGGUAAUAACAUGAUCUAUGUCAUGGAUGAGGACUUCCUGACACCACUGUCAUUCAAACACACGAUUGCAGACCUUAUUUCUAACGGGGUUUCAAAGAAGCACUUGUCUCAUAUCAAUAUUGACAAGAAGGAAUGCCUUCAGACUUUGGGAUACUUAAAUGAGUAUAAACUUUCACUGUUGACGGAUAAUCUGAGGGGCUACACGGUUUUCCUUCCUUGUGGAAAUACUAUUUGGGAAGACAGAGACGAAAAGAGACAGCAAGAUUACAGAUCGUGGAAUGGACUCGGAUUGAUUCUCAAGUAUUUGGAGUCGAACCCUAAAGUGAUGCACGAUGUAUUACGAGGUCUCUUUGUGGAGGAUUUGAUAUAUUCCGACUUUGGUCUUGAGAAUGCUGAGGAACUGAGUCGUUCUACAAGAACUUUGAGAGGCGAUCCAUUGAAUGUUUCUGAGAGUUACCGCAGUGGUGACUAUAACCACAUUAUCCGUCUUAACGAGACAUCUAUAUCUGUUCCAUUAAACUCUGAUAUUCUAUUCAAUCAGGGUGUCAUUCACAUCACGAGUAAAGUGUUGCUUCCAGACGAUUUCCGUGUUUCACUCAAAGACUUGAUUCGGGCUACCCAGCAGGAAGGACAAGACGAGUACUCCUUUUUGAAACUCCUUGAGCCAUACCCAAAACUUGCGGAUGCACUCGGGCUCAACGGAUCCGACCAAUCCUCCAAUUACUCGAUUUUUGUUCCCAGUCCCGAACAGUUAAGGUCUUUCAACAUUUCUUCUAGCUACAGUCGUCUAUGGGAAUUCUUAGAACUCCAUCUUGUUCCAAACUCACAGGUUAAUACCCUCUUGAAUUGCAUUCAUCAAGGGGAUUCACCUUACAACCACAUCAAUAACGGUUCGUAUGUUGUGCAAACUAACCGCACAAACGGGGUGUUUCAAUGUAACAAGAACCCGGUGACGGGUAAGGUUUAUCUCCAGCUCCAGAAUUCUGCCUCAACCUUUGGUUAUAAUGCUGACCGUCAAGUCCGGAUUGUUUCACAUGGGUGCAGUCAAGUGGGACUGAGAAGCGGGUCUUGUGUUUUUCUUCUUGAAAAGCCGUUCAGUCUUGGCUGGUUCGACCAACCCGAUAACUUCUUGCAUGUGCAUAUUGGUUGGAUCAGUGUUGGCAUUGGCAUUAUCAUUGGAGUAAUUCUUUUUGGAUUCAUGACCACUGCUUUGGUUGUAUGCCUUUCUGCCACCUCCAGUAAAAAGAAGCAUUCGCUUUUGUCACCGGAGUCUGUUUUCACUCCAUCAGAGCCCUCCUACAUGCGGGUGACAUCCGAUGAUGACCUGAAUACCGGCUACUAUGAUUACGGAUACGAAACUGAUGAUGAUGCAAUGCAAAAUGAACGUGAACGAUUAUUGCCUGGAGCAAAACGGAAGCGCCAGACUUCUCGGUACGGGGCCUCGUCUCUGCCAAUAGGGGCACCCAAUGCGCCACGCUACAUCCACAAUAACAGCAUCAAAGGAACCCUCAACAGGGACAGGAACCUUCCUCCACUUAAUAUUUAG